UUGUAUUUCCGGGUUCACUCAGCUUCAGGUUGUCAGCAGCUGUGUGUCUGUGUGAGUGUGUGUCUGUGUCUCAUUCACGAUGUCUGGAAGUCCUGUGAUCAUGCGUCUGAUGGCGUCGGCGCACUCUGUGGCUGAGAAGGCCGGGGCCAUUGUGAGGAAGGUCCUUCACAGUGGAGACCUUGGCAUCGUGGAGAAGACGGGAGCUAACGAUCUGCAGACGCUGGCAGACAGACUGGCCCAGCAGAGCAUUUGUGCUUCACUGUCCAGACGCUUCCCAAAACUCACCAUCAUUGGAGAAGAGGAUCUUCCAUCUGAGGAGGUGAAGGAGGAUGCCAUUGAGAAGGGCCAGGCAGAGGAGAUCCUCCAGAAGAGCUGCCCAGCAGAAUACAGGGGGCUGAAGGAGGAGGAGCUUGUUGUGUGGGUCGAUCCACUCGAUGGCACAAAGGAAUAUACUGAAGCGUCGAGGUGUCUCCGUCAGCACACUGAGGUCCAGACACCACACGGAGGGUCGGUGACCUCUCACGGCACAGCUCUCUGUAAUGGGCUCCUGGAUAACGUGACGGUGCUGAUUGGAAUUGCAUACGGAGGCAGAGCUAUAGCAGGUGUCAUCAACCAGCCAUUCUACAACUAUCAGCUUGGAGCAGGAGCCGUUUUGGGAAGAACCAUGUGGGGAAUACUGGGAGUUGGCGCCUUUGGAUUUCAGCUGCAGGAAGUUCCAGGGGACAGGAGAAUAGUCACCACCACCCGUUCCCACAGCAACAAGCUGGUAACGGACUGCGUAGACGCCAUGGAGCCGCAUGAAGUUGUAAAAGUGGGUGGUGCUGGAAAUAAGAUAAUUCAGCUUGUUGAGGGGAAAGCAUCAGCUUAUGUCUUCGCGAGUCCAGGAUGUAAGAAGUGGGAUACCUGUGCUCCUGAGGCCAUCCUGCACGCAGUCGGAGGUAAACUGACCGACAUGCACGGCAACGCGUACUGCUACGAUGCAGACGUGAAGCACAUGAACUCCGCUGGUGUUCUCGCGACUCUGCGUAACCACGAGUACUACGUCAGCAGAGUACCACAGUCGGUGAGGGAAGCCCUCAAGCUUGACUGAGGAAACAUGAAACACUUUGACUCACGUGUAAUUCAGCAACACACCGAUCGUACUUCAAUCAGAAAUGAGUCGACUCAACAGCACGUCCAUUUAUUUCACUCAUUUGAAACAAAGUCGUACAAAUCUCAAAACAUCGUAACGUAACUGUUUUCAACUCGAGGACCAAUCGCUGUACAAGGCAAAAGGCAAGAUUAUACUAUAUUAAAUAAAAAUACACAAGUCAAAUGUUCAUCAGUGAGUUGGAAAUGAUUCACUGUACUUUCAUUCAAUAACCACUAGGUGGAAACAGUGUAACAUCAUUAGCAUAAUGCCGACAACAAACAACAUCGUCUCGCCCUCUUUACAACGUCAUGUAAUGUCAUGCGAUGAAGUGCAACAGAGUUCAAUGUGAGAUAGUUUGUCUUGUAUUGUUUUUAUUAGUUCACUUUUCUUUGUACACUUUCACCUCUUGCAUUCACGUAUCCAUGGCUACGUUUCUACCAUGGACUGUAUAUAAAGAUGGACGACAUGACAGCUCUACAAAAGUGAAGCAAAAUCAUCUUGACUGCCCCCUGGUGGCUGACUGGAGUACAGGACAUUAACCCUGCAAGUUAGCAUAACGGGAUGUGGACCAAAUUAAAAAGUAAAAAAUUAAAUAUUUUUCUUCCCCAAAGCUGGUUUCUGUCAUUUUAUGUAGUUUUUAAUCACACUGAUGUAUGUUCAACGUCACGAUUUGGCGGCUGAGACGUGUGAUUCGUCCAGCUGGUGAAUCCGUGGGACCUCGAUACCACAUCUCCGCAUCCUGAUCACUGCUGCACAGACUCUGGCUCCAAAUGACGUCACAAGUGCAAGAUGGCAUCACCUGUAUCCAGGAUAUUUUAGCUUCAUUUUUGUACAGCGGAAGGAAGUGGAGACAUGUCGUCCAUCUUUAUAUACAGUCUAUGGUUUCUACACACCCACUGAUCUUAACAAGAAUAAAGAACAUCAACUCAAA